AUGGCCAAUGGCGUUGAGGAACUCAUCGGGAUCCCCUUCCCAAACCACAGCAGCGAAGUCCUCUGCGGGCUCAACAAGCAGCGGAACGAUGGCCUUCUGUGCGACGUGAUUCUCCUGGUCCAAGACCAGGAGUACCGCACCCACAAGUCCGUGCUGGCUGCCUGUAGCCAGUAUUUUAAGAAACUCUUCACCGCCGGCACGUUGGCAGACCAGCCCUACAUCUACGAGAUCGACUUCGUGACGCCCGAAGCCCUUUCCGCCAUCCUCGAGUUCGCCUACACCUCCACCCUGACCAUCACGGCGGCCAACGUCAAGCACAUCCUCAACGCGGCCAAGAUGCUGGAGAUCCAGUGCGUGAUUAACGUCUGCCUCGAAAUCAUGCAGCCUGGGGAAGGGGCGGGAGGCGAGAAGGAGGAGGAGGAGGAGGAGGAAGAAGAGGAAGAGGAGGAGGAGGAGGAAGAAGAGGAGGAGGAGGUGGAGGAAGGAGCGGGCGACUUCGCCAAACGGAAUCGAUCCGGUGCUCAAGACCUCAGCUGCCGCCAAAGUCCGUCCAAGCCGGAUCUUCCUGAAGAAGUCUUCCAGGAGGCCACCAAUGUCUUCUCCACCCGUCUUCCAUCCAGCAGCUCCAAUGGCCCACUGGGCCUUCUCCGAGACUUCUCCAUCGAGUCCCUCUUGAGGGAGAACCUGUACCCCAAAGUGACCCUUCCAGAACGCAGGCCGGUCCUGUCUCCCUUCAUGCCUGACCUCUUCCCCCAUCUCUGGAACGGGGACUUUGGCCCCUUCGCCCCAGUAGAGGCGCAGCAGGUGGACAACACCCCCUUGGACUUGGUGAUCAGAAAGCAGAAGAUCAAGGAGGAGCAGAAGGAGGAGCCCCUGCCCAGCCCCUUCCCCAACAGCCUCUUCAAGGAGGUCUUUGCCAACACGGCGGCCGCCGCCGCCCCCUUGGGCCACGUGAAGGCCGAGAGCGACUACAGCGCCUACCUGAACUUCCUGAGCUCCGCCCACUUCGGCCGGGUCUUUCCUGGCUGGCCCGAAGAAAGGAAAAUCAAGCCCAAAGCGUCCCAGCAGUGCCCCAUUUGCAACAAAAUCAUCAUGGGGGCCGGGAAGCUCCCACGGCACAUGAGGACCCACACGGGGGAGAAGCCCUAUAUGUGUAACAUCUGUGAAGUCCGGUUCACCAGGCAGGACAAGCUGAAGAUCCACAUGCGGAAGCACACGGGGGAGAGGCCGUACCUCUGCAUCCACUGCAGCGCCAGGUUCGUCCACAACUACGACCUGAAAAACCACAUGAGGAUCCACACCGGCAUCCGUCCCUACCAGUGCAAGUUCUGCUACAAGAGCUUCACCCGCUCGGAUCACCUCCACCGCCACGUCAAGCGCCAGAGCUGCCGGAUCUCCCGGCCCAGGAGAGGACGCAAGUCGGCCCCCUGGAGAGCGGCCAGCCUGCUCUUCGCCCCGACCGGACCACCGGACAACAAGAGCUUCCUGGUGCCCCCGGCUCUGGAGGACAUGAGUGGCCACUUGGGGGGCCCGGGGCUGUGCCUUCCGGGCCCCGGGCCCUUCCUGGAUGGGGCCAAGAACGGCUUGAACCUGCAGGAGCUGCAGAACCAGUUGGAGGCGACCCAGAUGAAGCUCUUUGGGCGGACACACCUGGACCUGGAGCACAACGGGGGCCUCUUCGCCUUCGCCCUGAGCCACGGCGAGGGUCUCUCGGGACGGCCCUAUUUCUCCCUCCCGGAUCCCUGGGUUUCGGGGUUCAACGGACUGGCUGCCCUCAACCCCCUGGCCUCUCUCUCUGAAGCUAGCAACUGAGUUGACUUCUCUU